ACUCAUACUUCAUUCAAACUAAGGCUGACUUGUAAAGGAUUGGGUAAAAGAAAAACACAAUGUACUACAUUGUACUACCGUUAUGUGUACUCAGCUUCAUGUGGCUUCCUCUGUGCCAUGGAUUUUCUUUAAAAACAGACCGGGUUAAGGCUGAUGCAAAGCUACUCUCAAGAAUACUCACCACCAGAAUCCAGGAACAUCCAAUCCAGUUCAAUUACCCAAGCAGCUUGAAAAGCAGUGGCUUGGAUUUUAUUCCAGAUGAGCAGAUAUUGGAGAGUUUAGAAAAGAUGGAUGAGACUCUUGAAAUAUUCCAGAAGAUUUUAGCCAAUAUCCCCAUGGAAAAUGUAGAACAAAUGCUGAGUGACAUAGAGAACCUUCGCAGCCUGCUACAGCUUCUCAACCGAAUUAUGGGUUGCAUAGUCACAGAGCCCAGACAAACCAACGUAAUGGUGAACUUAAAGGAACAAUAUGAAAAUGCCUCCUAUACCAUGGAAAAGGUGACACUUGACCGUCUUCAGAAAUCAUUACACAGCAUCGUGAAGCACCUAGAUUAUAUCACAGACUGCCAAAAAACAGUUUAAGAUAUAUGUGAACCAAGACUAAUUUCAUCCACAGACAUAAUGGAAUGGUCUGGAGUGGACAAACCUUUUGCAAUAUUUAUAAUUCAGGAAUGCCUGUUGCUGCAAUCCUAAUGAAGCUGUGCUUCUAUUAGGUUACUCACAUCGUAAUAAGAAGUGUCAUAUUCUGUAUUCCAGCAAAUCUUUGGA